AUGGCAGCUUCUGCCCAUUUUUUCUUGUCGUUCAUUUUUUACACUAUCUUCCUCUCGUUUGGAUCGUAUAAAGCUGAAGCUAGGAGAUUCAAUGACAUCUCUUCUUUAAUUAGUAAAGGGCUCUUUGAUUCCAUAUUUCUACACAAGGACGAUAAUGCAUGCCCUGCUAAAGGUUUUUACACGUACAAUUCCUUCAUUCAAGCAUCAAGAUGUUUUCCUCAAUUUGGCAGGACAGGUAGUUCUGUUACGAGAAAGCGAGAAAUUGCAGCUUUUCUUGCUCAAAUAUCCCAUGAGACCACAGGUGGGUGGGCUACCGCACCGGAUGGACCAUAUGCAUGGGGCUUGUGUUUCAAGGAAGAAGUGAGUCCGCAAAGUAAUUACUGUGAGUCAAGCAACACUCAAUGGCCCUGCUCCCCUGGCAAAUCUUACAAAGGAAGAGGACCUAUUCAACUAUCAUGGAACUACAAUUAUGGACCAGCAGGCAGAGCUUUGGGAUUUGAUGGGCUUAACAACCCAGAUAUAGUGUCUAACAACUCCUUAAUUGCGUUCAAGACAGCUCUUUGGUUUUGGGUGACUGAACAAAACCCAAAACCAUCCUGCCACAACGUCAUGAUUGGAAAAUAUAAACCAACAGCAGCUGAUGUUGCAGCUAAUCGGACGGCCGGCUACGGGUUGGUGACUAACAUUAUCAAUGGGGGUCUUGAAUGUGGAAUCCCUAAUGAUGGAAGAGUUAAUGAUAGGAUUGGGUUUUUUCAGAGAUAUGCUACAUUGUUCAAUGUUAGUACUGGAUCUAACUUAGACUGUGAAAAGCAGAAACCUUUUAACUAA